AUGCCCGAGCCUCUCGUUGCUAGAAACCCUCUCUCCCGUCGCCUGCGUCUGCUGGACCCUCUAAAAGGAGCUCGCGAUCCCGCCCUGCAGGCGUCGGAUAGCAGCGCCAAGUCACUUCCUUCAUCUCUGCGCCUCCACCUCCACCCAAGAUUGCAGGCGACUGGUUCUUUGCUGCCGCAGCCGCAGACUGCAAGAGUAGCACCCAAUGAAGCCGCUGAGCUUGAGGGUUCGAGCGACAUGGCGACGAUUCAUGACAUUUACCCGAUCAUAUUGCAAUCAGCAGUUGAUACGGAAACAUGUUCUGCCAUAGAAAGAGUUCUGUCGGCCGCAAAACAAAUAGCUUCAUGCAAGAGUGCGACGCUCUUUCUGAUUGAGAAGGAUGAAAAGAACAACGCAAUGCUACGGGUCAAAGGGAGAAGAGGCGACAACGGCUUGUUUCCAUGCCAAGGCUUGGCUGGCGCAUGUAUCAACGAGAAGCGAGCCAUCAUCAGCAAUCGCCCGCACCAUGACUCAAGGUUUGAUGCGCUUGUUGAUUGGGCACCAUCUCCAGGAGUGAAGACGAUUGCCUGCGUUCCUGUGUACACAAUCUUAGGAAAGCUUGUGGGCGUGCUUCAGGUUGCCAACAAAGUUGUCGGAGGAUUCACGAGCAUGGAUAUGACCUGUUUGGAUCUGCUGGGGAGACAGGCCACUGUCACCUUAGAGUUGUGCAACAAGUUUGAACGAAUCGAUUCUCAAAACCGAAAGCUGACAACCAUCAUUAACAGAUUCAUUGAGCUUGCCAAAUGCUCAGAUCUUGUCGAACUAGUCCACGCCACCGGCGUUGUCUGCAAAGAAGUCUGUGAUGCUGAGAAAGCCAAUUGCUUCAUCAUAGAUAACGAGAACAUGGACCUGUGCACAUGGUCAAAAUCUACAGAAUCCAAGACAGAAACGUUUAAGGAGAGCAGAAUUCCUCUUAAAGGAAUCUUUGAGCAAGUUCUGUCUUCAUCGACCAAUUUCAAUUCUUCCCUUAGAAUCGAGAACGCGUCGGUAAGUGCGAGACAGCAUCUUGGAUCUUUAUACUGCCCUGUCUCCCACCACUCUAGAGCUGUGGGCUUCUUGCAAGUGAGAAACUGCAAACACGUAAAAUUCACCGACAACGAUCGAAACAAUCUGGAGCUCGUCGGCAACAUGGCGGGUGCCCUGCACUACAACUUGAUGAAGAUGAAUCCAGCUGCAAGCCAAGAGCUUCAAUCAGCGUGGGAGGAUGUCGAUGCAGCAGAGCGAAGCAUCAACUCCUUUGUUACUGCAGUUGCACAGUGCCGCCACUGCUUCUUGCUCAUUCUAGAUUCGGAGUCAUCGCUCCUUUGGACGAAACGACUAGACAGCAACGGAAACUACAUCUAUUUUGAAGCCGAUAGCUUUCCGUUUUCACACACUCUUCAAAACCAAGGCUCUCUCAACUUUCCAUCUGAAACAAAGGACAGACUUUCGGAGAAACAAGUGUUGAAGCUCAAAACGAUCUCUAAACUUUUGUGUCCGAACGAAACAAUGGAAGCACUCAUGACGAUAGCACUGCAGGCCUACGGUAAGACCGUUGGGGUUGUCUUGGCCAUCAAGUGCGAAGAAAAGCACUCGAGGUUUGAUCCUUGGGUCCUCGAAACUGUUAAGAUCAUGUCAAACUCUUGGGGCCUGAAACUUCAACACAUUUUGGAAAAGGAAAGGGCUUCCACAACUUACGAUCACUUUUCAGCUGCCAUUUCAGCAAUUGGCGAUUUGUAUCACAUGGAUCAUGUAUUGAAUUGCUACUUUGAAAUCGGAAAGCUUGCGGAAAAGCUGUUUGCAUUUGAAAGAUGUUGGUUCUUCAGGAUCCAAGGGAAUGGCACACUGUCCGUCAAGCUGCACCCGGACGAAGAACCAAAGAGUGUUGAGCUUUCGGAGGCAGGAAUUGCUGGGCGAGCAUUUGAGAGUAAGACAUACCAGAUGAGUCUCAAUGUGCAUCAGGACAGCAGGCAUAGUUACUACCUGAGUAUCCUGACCAAGUUUGAAGUCAAUAACCUCAUCUGUGUUCCUGUCUUUUCAGUUGAAUCUGAAUCCUCCAUGAUCGGCAUCUUACAGCUCAUGAACAAGCGAGGAAUAGGCUCUAAGAUCAAUCAAUCUGACGUGACAAAAGUUGAGCAGUUCUCGACCCUUGCGGCAACGCUGGUGCAGAACGCCAUGACUAGGAGUGAGUUGAAAGCUGUGAGGAAUCGACUCGACUACCAAGUGGACAAGCAGAACUUUAUUGUCGAGCAGGCGUCAAAGGUCCAUGAUCUGUCGCAGUUUGACUCGCUGAAUCUUGUCAACGAGAUCAAGGCGAUGAUCCGGUCUACCUUCGGUCCCGUGGAGUGUGUGCUGUUCAUGGCAGGACAUGGAGGAAGCGCCAUGUACGAGCUCAAGGACGACGUCGCUGCUCUCUCCUACUCUGAGGCAGCCUCGGGCAUCGCGGGCCAUGUCAUCAAGACAGGAAGCCUUGUCUUUCACACCCUCGAUCACAGCAGCGAGCACUUUGACCCCGCGGUGGAUCAGCGAAGCGUCAGGUCAGCCAGCGCCAUCCUGUGCGCGCCCCUCGUGCAUGGGCAGCGACAGAUUGGCUGCAUCCAAGUGAUCAGCAGGAGCGCGGACGGAGAGAGACGGAUCUUCUUGCAGGACGCGCAGCUCCUGCUGCAGCUGGGCAAGCACAUCGCGUGUGCCAUCCUCAACAACGUCUUGCUCUCGAAAGUUUACGCGUCGGUGAACUUGACAGACCCGGUCAACUUCGAGUCCGACCUGGACCAGCAGCUUGUCAAGUACGGGACGAUCGUUCGCGACAUCGUCAAAGCCGAACGUGCCAACGUGUUUGUGCGGGAAGGCGGCAUGGCGACAGCGAUCGAUGAGUUCACAGGAAGAAGAAUCUUGUUGAGGUCAGACCAAGGGACCCUCGCUUUCAGCCCUCCUUCGACCAACGCGAAGCUCACUUUCUUCAAAAGCAAACAGCAAGCAUCAUUGAUCAUAGAGAUCUUGAACAAGCAAUCUGGAGCAUUUGAUGGCACGGAUGAGAUUGUUUCAAAGAUGAUAGGAAAGAAGAUCUCAGAGUCUUUGGCAUAUCUCAAUCAUCAAAAACAGCUCAACGAUGCAAGGCGGCAGACUCUCUCCAUGCUCAUGUCGUCGCGCUUUCUCUACUCCAGCAGUGGCAGCAUUGAAGUCUUGCUGUCUAGCGCCAUCUCUCAGAUUUCCUCGGUGAUGUCAGCGAAAAUUAGGAUGUACAUAGCCAUCUUUGAUGAGAACAACCUGGUCACUGACUCCUGGAGAUGCUUCGAGCAUGGAGGGACUUCCACCAUCGUGCCCAUCGCAGGCAUCGCAGGCUCAUGUUUCCGCAAGGUGUCUCCAGUCAUCGUUCAAGACUCGGGCUUGCAAGACCAAUGUCAGGGCGAUCAAAAUGCGCUUGGAAGCGAGUCGAGCAUUGUUCGGGAUGUCGGGCCCGCCUGUGUCUACAUGUGCCAUCCUCUUAUGGACAACUCUCUCUUGCGACCUAUUGGAGUCGUCGAGAUGCGCAGAAACCUUGAGACGUCCUCAUCAAAGGAGUUCACCAAGCUCGAGGAAGACCUCGCGUUCCACAUCGCUACUAUCCUCGUCGACUCAAUGGUUUUCCACACCAAGUGA